AGGUCCGGUCCUUGGGCUGGCGCGGCCAUGGCGCUGUCCGCGAUGCUGGCCGGGGCCCGGGCCUGGCUGCGACGCACGCCCGGCGUCCGGGGCCUGACCUCGCUGGCCGGAGCGGAGCAGCCGGCGUGGGGGACGAGCACACGUUCGCUGCAGCCCGUGCUACGCACAUGCGAGCUGCCGGUCCCCGCGCACCGGCGGCCGGUGCAGGCCUGGGUCGAGUCCCUGCGGGGCUACGAGCAGGAGCGCGUGGGGCUGGCCGACCUGCACCCUGACGUGUUCGCUCUGACGCCCAGGCUGGACAUCCUACACCAGGUGGCCGUCUGGCAGAGGAACUUCAAGAGAAUUAGCUAUGCCAAGACCAAGACUAGGGCCGAGGUGCGGGGCGGCGGCCGGAAGCCCUGGGCGCAGAAGGGCAGCGGGCGGGCCCGGCACGGCAGCAUUCGCUCCCCGAUCUGGAGAGGCGGGGGCAUUGCCCACGGCCCACGGGGCCCCACGAGUUACUAUUACAUGCUGCCUAUGAAGCUGCGGGCACUGGGCCUGCGGGCGGCCCUGAGCGUGAAGUUGGCGCAGGAUGACCUGCACAUUGUGGACUCCCUGGAGCUGCCCACCGCCGAGCCGCAGUACCUCACCGAGCUGGCCCGCUACCGCCGCUGGGGCCCCUCCGUGCUCCUCGUGGACUUGACUCAUGAAGACAUGCCCCAGAGCAUAGUGGAGGCCACGGCGGCUCUCAAGACCUUCAACCUGGUCCCAGCCGUGGGCCUCAACGUGUAUAGCAUGCUUAAACACCAGAGCCUGGUGCUCACGCUGCCCGCCGUGGCCUUCCUGGAGGACAAGCUGCUGUGGCAAGAGUCGCGCUUCACUCCUCUGUAUCCCUUCCGCCUGCCGUACAGCGACUUCCCGGGGCCCCCUCGGCUGGCCGGGCGGGCUGGCCCCGCUGACGCGAGCCCUGGCUCACUCUGACUCUGCUUUCUAAGGAAAUAAAGUUUAUUUUAUAA